GGCAGCGAUUCCCUUCACCUGCUAUUGGACUUGCAAUCACUUUGACCUCAGAAGCUGAAGAUGCGGUUGCCAUGGGAACUGCUAGUCCUGCAAUCCUUCAUGUUGUGCCUUGCAGAUGACUACACACUUCAUGGGCCCGUUUUUGUUCAAGAACCAAGUCAUGUCAUGUUCCCUUUGGAUUCCGAGGAGAAAAAAGUGAAGCUCAAUUGUGAAGUGAGGGGGAAUCCAAAACCUCAUAUCAGGUGGAAGGUAAAUGGAACAGACGUUGACAUCGGCAUGGGUUUCCGCUACAGUGUUGUGGAAGGCAGCUUGUUGAUCAAUAACCCCAAUAAAACCCAAGAUGCCGGAACAUACCAGUGCAUAGCAACAAACUCAUUUGGGACCAUCGUUAGCAGAGAAGCAAAGCUGCAAUUUGCUUAUCUGGAAAACUUUAAGACAAGGACAAGAAGCACUGUGUCUGUUCGUCGAGGCCAGGGAAUGGUACUUCUGUGUGGCCCACCACCCCAUUCUGGAGAGCUGAGCUAUGCCUGGAUCUUCAAUGAAUACCCUUCCUAUCAGGAUAAUCGUCGCUUUGUUUCUCAGGAGACUGGAAAUCUGUAUAUUGCAAAAGUAGAAAAAUCAGACGUUGGUAAUUAUACCUGCGUGGUUACAAAUACUGUGACAAACCACAAGGUCCUGGGGCCACCCACACCACUAAUACUGAGAAAUGAUGGGGUGAUGGGUGAAUAUGAACCCAAAAUAGAGGUGCAGUUUCCAGAAACAGUCCCGACCGCUAAAGGAGCCACAGUCAAGCUGGAAUGCUUUGCUUUAGGAAAUCCAGUACCAACUAUUAUCUGGAGGAGAGCUGAUGGAAAGCCCAUUGCAAGGAAAGCCAGAAGACACAAGUCAAAUGGGAUCCUGGAAAUUCCCAAUUUCCAGCAGGAAGAUGCUGGCUGGUAUGAGUGUGUGGCUGAGAACUCCCGAGGCAAAAAUGUAGCCAAGGGACAGUUGACUUUCUAUGCUCAACCUAGUUGGAUUCAAAAAAUAAAUGAUAUUCACGUAGCCAUGGAAGAAAGUGUCUUCUGGGAAUGUAAGGCGAAUGGGAGGCCCAAGCCUUCAUACAGAUGGCUAAAAAAUGGUGAACCACUGUUAACGAGGGAUAGAAUUCAGAUUGAGCAAGGAACACUCAACAUAACAAUCGUGAAUCUCUCAGAUGCUGGCAUGUAUCAGUGCGUGGCAGAAAAUAAGCAUGGGGUUAUCUUUACCAACGCCGAGCUCAGUGUCAUAGCUGAAGGUCCAGAUUUUUCAAGAACACUCUUGAAAAGAGUGACUCUUGUCAAAGUGGGAGGUGAAGUUGUCAUUGAGUGUAAACCCAAAGCAUCUCCAAGGCCUGUCUACACAUGGAGGAAAGGAAGGGAAAUACUGAAAGAAAAUGAAAGAAUUACCAUUUCUGAAGAUGGAAACCUCAGAAUCAUUAAUGUGACUAAAUCAGAUGCCGGAAGUUAUACCUGUAUAGCCACUAACCAUUUUGGAACUGCCAGCAGUACUGGAAACUUGGUAGUGAAAGAUCCCACCAGGGUCAUGGUGCCCCCCGCCAGCAUGGACGUCACUGUGGGAGAGAGCAUUGUUCUGCCCUGCCAGGUGACACACGACCACUCACUUGACAUUGUGUUCACCUGGACUUUUAAUGGACACCUGAUUGACUUCGACAAAGAUGGAGACCACUUUGAAAGAGUUGGAGGGGAUUCAGCUGGUGAUUUGAUGAUCCGAAACAUCCAACUGAAGCAUGCUGGGAAAUACGUCUGCAUGGUCCAGACAAGUGUGGACAGACUAUCUGCUGCUGCAGACCUGAUUGUAAGAGGUCCUCCGGGUCCCCCAGAGUCUGUGACCAUUGAUGAAAUCACAGACACCACUGCUCAGCUUUCCUGGAGUCCCGGGCCUGACAACCAUAGCCCAGUCACCAUGUAUGUCAUCCAAGCCAGGACUCCAUUCUCCGUGGGCUGGCAAGCAGUCAGUACAGUCCCAGAACUCAUUGAUGGGAAGACAUUCACAGCGACGGUGGUGGGUUUGAACCCCUGGGUUGAGUAUGAAUUCCGCACUGUGGCAGCUAAUGUGAUUGGCAUUGGAGAACCCAGUCGGCCCUCAGAGAAACGGAGGACAGAAGAAGCCCUCCCUGAAGUCACCCCAGCUAACGUCAGUGGUGGCGGAGGCAGCAAAUCUGAACUGGUUAUAACCUGGGAGACGGUCCCCGAGGAAUUACAGAAUGGCCGAGGAUUUGGGUAUGUGGUGGCCUUCCGGCCACACGGCAGAAUGAUCUGGAUGCUGACCGUCCUGGCCUCUGCCGACGCCUCCAGAUACGUGUUCAGGAAUGAGAGUGUGCGCCCUUUCUCUCCCUUUGAGGUGAAAGUGGGCGUCUUUAACAAUAAAGGAGAAGGGCCCUUCAGCCCCACUACGCUGGUGUAUUCUGCUGAAGAAGAACCCACCAAACCACCAGCUAGCAUCUUUGCUAGAAGCCUUUCUGCCACAGAUAUUGAAGUUUUCUGGGCCUCCCCCCUGGGGAAAAAUAGAGGACGGAUUCAAGGCUAUGAGGUAAAAUAUUGGAGACACGACGACAAGGAAGAAAAUGCUAGAAAAAUACGCACAGUUGGAAAUCAGACAUCAACAAAAAUCACCAACUUAAAAGGCAGUGCCCUGUAUCACUUGGCUGUCAAGGCGUAUAAUUCGGCGGGGACAGGCCCUUCCAGCGCCACGGUCAAUGUCACCACUAGAAAGCCACCACCAAGCCAACCCCCUGGAAACAUCAUAUGGAAUUCAUCGGACUCCAAAAUUAUCCUGAACUGGGAUCAAGUGAAGGCUCUGGAUAAUGAGUCCGAAGUAAAAGGAUACAAAGUUUUGUACAGAUGGAACCGACAAAGCAGCACAUCUGUCAUCGAAACAAAUAAAACAUCUGUGGAGCUGUCAUUGCCUUUCGAUGAAGAUUACAUCAUCGAAAUUAAGCCAUUCAGCGACGGCGGGGAUGGCAGCAGCAGCGAACAAAUCCGAAUUCCAAAGAUAACAAAUUCCUAUGCAAGAGGCUCCGGGGCUUCCACUUCGAAUGCGUGUACACUGUCAGCCAUCAGCACCAUAAUGAUCUCCCUCACAGCCAGGUCUAGUUUAUGACAAAAGUGAGCGAAAGGACUUGCUAUUUAUAAUCUAAACAACAUCUAGCUAGUUGUUUUUGAA